UCCGUCAGCACCGGAAACUCCAGCGGGGGCGACUCCUGUUGUGUCAGACUGCACCAGUACCCUGAAAACUCACUGCCCGCCUCCAAGUAUGUCAGUGUCAGGUGUGUGGCCUCGAUCAGACGCACAAGGCUCUCCUCCGUCGGUCACAGCAUGAUGAUGCGCUUGGUGCGGCUCAAGCGAGGGCUCCACGCAUCGACCUGACGGUCGCUGAGGCGGAUCUGCUUGUCCUCCAGCGUCUUGGGACAUUGUCGGGACUUGAGGUAGAUUGUGCGGUGCAUCUGUGGGUCGAUGGCGAGAGUGUGGAAUGCCGACUUGACGAGGGAGAGGCUGCCGAUGAUGCACUGUGUGACCAGGAGGGGGCUGAGUAAGGUGGAACGGACACCGAGAGGGAUGCUCAACAGAGGCAGCGAUUCGACGGACUGAGUCGAGACAAGCCAAGCACCGCCAACCAAUGAAUGAACGAUGGACCGAAUGCAUGUGUGUCUGCUGCAUCUGUUGUGUACCUCGGCGUGCGUGUCAUCAGGCUGUGCAAUAGAUGAGUCAUCUCCACCACUCUUGCCCGCAAACGCAGCCUGCAUAAAUGGAGCAUCACCCAUGGAGCAUCACACACACAGAUCGGCAAACCAAUGGCAAUUUGGCUCACAUGUUCGCCGCCGCCCUCCUCUCUCUCACCUCUUUGCUUGUGCGUCGCUUCUUGCUUGAAUGCGCCAUCACGUCCACCGGCGGGUGACGGUUGUUGCUUCUGCACAGCGCGCGUAGGAUCCAGGGUUCAAC